AUGAAAGAUCCAAAGAGAAGAGUUUUGCAGGAAUUUAUUAAACUUUUCGCUGAUGAGAAGGUUCAAAUUCAAGCGGAAAAGAAGAAGAAAUCUUCAUCACCACAAUCGGAUAAUGAUGGAAGAAUUAUGCUGGAAGAAAAGACAUUAGAAUGGGCUACAGAUAAUGACGGCUACAAGGUUGUAUUUACUAAAAUAUUGUCCUAUUUGGAUGAGUAUGAUUUGGCACUUUCUAUUCAGCCUACUUGUAAAUUGUUCCAAAAUUUUUCAAAGAAUGAUCAAUUGUGGGAAAAGCUCAUGUAUUACAAAUAUGAUAAUGAUUAUUUGUGUAUUUUUAAAGCACACAAAAGAGACUAUUUCCGUAGUGGAAAUUGGGAAGAUUUCAAGAAAAGAUAUCAAGAUCUUGCCAAUUGUAAGGAAAGAUUUGUUGCAUCUUGGAGAGAGUACAAUAGUUUGGGUCUAGCAGAGGGAUCCUAUCGCUUCCAUGAACCAACUUCAUUUGAAUACAGAAGAAAAAAGCAUAGAGAUUGUGAUAAAUGCCUAGAUGGAAUUGAUGAGGACGAGCCAUUUAUAGUUGUUGAUCCAUUUUAUUCUAGAAAGGCUCUCCAUAUCGAUUGUGUAAAUAAGGAACGUUUUAGAGAAAUAUAUCCACAUGUUUUGAACUUUCUUCCAGAAAAUUCUCCCUACAAACAAGAUGUAAUCAACUCACUUUACAGAUCUAGAAUGUUUGAUCAUGUUGAUGGUUCAAGCAAAAAGCAAGCUGACAAAGAUGAAGAAGAAGAAUUGGAAGAUGAAGAAGAAUUACCAGAAUAUUCAUGUGAUAUAUGUGAAGAACCAAUUUAUGGAAUCAGAUACAAUUGUCUGGAUUGUGGAGAGUAUGAUUUGUGUGGAUACUGUUGUGAAAAGGUCAUUAUGAAACAGAAGGGGUCAACAUUGAAAAUGUGUCAACAUGCUGAUCAUCCUCACGAUCACACUUUCCAAUCUGUUGAUGAAGAAGAGUUUACUACCUAUUCCUGUAACCAGUGUAAAGAAAAAAUUAGAGGCCACAGAUAUCACAAAUUGGAUGAAACAGAUUAUGAUUUAUGUACAUUAUGUUUCUUUGAUACAAAUUCCAAAGAUGCCUAUGAAAAGAUUGAUCUCUUUGGAGAGAAAUCAGUUGAACCUCUCUACACUAGUUUCUGUGAAAAAUUAUUACUGAAAGAGGUCAAGUCCGUUCUUGAAGCUCUCGGUGAGGAAGUUGCAAACAUGACAAAGAAGCAACUCUCAGCCAAAUUGUUUGAGAUUUUAGAGGAAAAGAAGGAGGACAAUACCAGACCAACCAUUUGCAGUCUAGUUUCCAGUGUAGAAAGAUUCUGCUGCAAAGACCAAGAUGGAAUAGUAUUACCAAGUUCUGCUCCAAAUGCCCUUGUAGCUAGUGUUGAAUUGGUUGAUGAAGCAGUAAAACCGCCAAAGAAGAAAACUAAGACCGAAUGA